CCCGGAACUGUGAAAUCUCGCGAGAGGAUUGCCCCUUGUUGCCUCAGAAGGUCAGCUGAUCAUUUACUUCAGUGUGGAGACCAGCAGCCUGUCACUUCUAACCUAGCGCGCAUCCUGACAGAUCGACGCUGUAAUACUGAGCGACACACACACUUCCAAAGAUGGCUGACACAAACCAACAGAGUCCCCCCCAGCUAGGACCUGUGCAAUUUUUAAUGAGCAACAAGCUCGAAACCGCAAUGUGGCUUUCACGACUCUUCACCGUCUACUGCUCCGUAAUGUUCAUUCUACCAAUUCUGGGACCCUAUGCAGCAGCAAACUUCUAUCAGAGAGCCUUGUUAGCGAACGCCCUCACCAGUGCCCUUCGCCUUCAUCAAAGGCUGCCACGCUUUCAGUUGAGCAGAGCGUUCCUGGCCCAGGCUCUUCAGGAGGACAGCUGCCAUUACCUGCUGUACUCACUCAUCCUGGUCAACUCUUACCCCAUCACAAUGAGCAUCUUCCCAGUCUUCCUCUUCUCUUUGCUCCAUGCAACCACCUACACAAAGAAAGUUCUUGACUCUAUGGGCCCCAGCAGCCUGAUGUUCAUCAGAAACCUCCUGGACAAACUUACAGCCAAUCAGCAGAACAUCCUGAAGUUCAUUGCCUGCAACGAGAUCUUCUUGAUGCCAGCCACUGUUUUCAUGCUCUUCAGUGGCCAGGGGAGCUUGCUGCUGCCUUUCAUUUAUUACCGGUUCCUCACUCUCCGCUACACAUCCAGAAGAAACCCAUACUGCCGCACCUUGUUCACAGAGCUGCGGAUUCUUCUGGAGCACUUCAUCAUGAAGCCUGCCUGCCCCGUCUUCUUCAGAAGGAUGUGCCUCAGCAGUAUCGCCUUCAUCAGCCGCCUCGCUCCCACGGGGGUCUGAUUACGCUCCAUAAGAGUUUUAUUUUCUUUAUGUUUUUGUUUUUUUCCACCAUUUAGGAUGUGACUUAAACUUUGAUGGGGACAGACAUUGCCAUCAACGGAAGGAACUGUUCUUUGAAUGUCAACUUUACAGUCUGUGCUCCAACUUCUCUGAAUAUUCGAGUACAGUUGAAGACCAGCCAGUAAUGCACUGAAGUCUCACGGUGACGUUCUUUUCCCAUCUUCUUAAUGUGACCUCACUGAAGCAGUGGACACCCCUCACUUUGUUACGUUCACUGAGCGGAGCACAGACAUCAGCUGUGUUCUGUAUGUAUCGGCUGUUAUUAUUUCUUCCUCGUAUGUCCUUAUUUAUUCAUGAAGAUUUCUUAUUCUACGAUGAAACAUUAACAUUCUGAGAUUAGUAACUUAAAUGAAAAUGUGCUUAUACAUAAUUAAAAAGUUCUUUUUUUAAUAAUCAUGUUGUGCUUGGAUGGAUGGAGGCGAGGGUUUGUUUGUUGUUUCUACCCAGUCCAACUUUUUUUUUAUGUGCAUCUGAUGCUCUGAUUUGUCUAAAUGCCUAACUUUAAAUCUGUUCUAUCAAUGCCAUCAACUCGCUCUUUUAACAACAUGCACAGUUUGUGUAGGCAUGGUGUCAAAAUGGGAUUUGAAUUGAGAAACAAGAUAUCUGCUGUAUUUUAUAGUAUAUUUUAAGCUACCAGACAAUAUGCUGUUGGGCUCAUUUGAAAUGAGUUGCAUGUCAUGCGCCUGAAUGCAGUCUCAGCUUGUCUCUCGGUUUGAAAGCUGUUUUGAAUUUGCGUCAUCAUUUGUUUGCUUCGUAGUUUUCUUGCUUGAUGCAUGCUCUAAUUUUUUUUUUUUUUUUUUGACGUUUAAUGUUUAUUUGCCUACAAACAAACCACAUUUUUAUUACAAGAAUAAAGUGAUCUCUUAAUGAAACCAAUAAAAUAAUAAAGAACUGUAACAUUGA